CAGAACGGCGCGUUAAUCAGAGCAUGCAACCGCGUUUUCCUGUUCUAGCUUCUGAGUGCAUCAAGACCGAAACCUCUCCAACAGGCGGAACAUCUAAUUCAUUUACAGGCAUAUUUUCCUAUAGACAAACUUUCACAUUUUGAAGAAGCAUGGAUUAUGUGAAUACUAUGAAUACGCUAGUAGCCUUUGGAGAGAAGGCUUGAACAUAUGUUGUGCAUUUGUGUCAGUGUGUGUCUUGACAAGACAAAAAGGACACGGAUCUUCAUGUGACAGUGGGUUGGCCAUGGCAACACCCCGCCCACUCCCAGUGUCCAGCCACUGAGGAGGUUGCUGAAGUUAGCAACAGAAAGCACGAUUGGACAUAAGAAGUGGAAGAAGAAGAGAACCAAAUAACCUUCUGUAGAGUGACAAUACAUUAGAGUGAAUCUCAACUCACAUCUUCAUUUGCUCUGUGGUUGGCAGUGGCACCAUUUCCUGGGCGUCGGGUGUAUAAACAGGAAGUGGUUAGUGGUGGUGGGUCCUGCUAAUCACUGAAAGGACAGUCCCUGGCAGCACUGCAAUAGCACCUCACCUGUGUGUGUGUGCGUGUGCGCGUGCGUGUGCGCGUGCGUGUGUGUGUGUGAGGCUUGCUGUUGGAGGGGGAGUGUCUGCACGUGUAGCGAUGCGUGUAGAGCCGAAGAAGCCCCUUCCCUGCUACCUGACUCAGACUCUGGCUGUGACCUUCAACGUGACCCCAGCCCCACCAUGCUGAACAAUGCCUCCCUUGUCUACAUCGCCCUGGAGCUGGUCAUAGCCUUUCUGGCCGUGACCGGUAACAUGCUGGUCUGCUGGGCCGUGUGCCUCAACAGCACCUUGCAGAGCAUCACCAACUACUUCGUGGUGUCCCUGGCAGUGGCAGAUAUCGCUGUGGGCUUGCUGGCCAUCCCCUUCGCCAUCACCAUCAGCACGGGCUUCUGUGCCAACUUCCACGGCUGCCUGUUCAUCGCCUGCUUCGUACUGGUGCUCACCCAAAGCUCCAUCUUCAGCCUGCUGGCCAUCGCUGUGGACCGCUACAUCGCCAUCAAGAGCCCCCUCAGGUAUAACAGUCUUGUGACGUCCGGGAGGGCAAAGGGCAUCAUCGCAGUGUGCUGGUUUCUCUCUGUGGGCAUCGGCCUCACGCCCAUGCUGGGCUGGAACAGGGGUGUCAACGGCACCAACAGCAGCUCGUGCCCCGAAGGCAUGACAGAGUGCCUGUUCGAGGGUGUGGUCACCCUGGAAUACAUGGUCUACUUCAACUUCUUUGGUUGUGUGCUGGUGCCCCUGCUAGCCAUGCUGGUCAUCUACGCCCGCAUCUUCAUGGCGGCGCGGCGCCAGCUGAGACUGAUGGACCUGAAGCUGGCUCACAUGCACGCCCCUGGGGCAUGCUCAUCAUCCACAUCGUCCCGCUCCACCCUGCAGAAGGAGGUCCACGCAGCCAAGUCUCUGGCCAUCAUCGUGGGGCUAUUCGCCCUCUGCUGGUUGCCCCUUCACAUCAUCAACUGUUUCAACCUGUUCUGCCAGGACUGUGGGCGCCCGCACGUCUGGGUGAUGAACAUCGCCAUCAUCCUGUCCCACGCCAACUCCGUGGUCAACCCCUUCAUCUAUGCAUAUCGCAUCCGGGAGUUCCGCCACACCUUCCGCAGGAUCCUGCGCAAGCACAUCCUGAGGCACUGGGAGGGGCAUGGAGCUGGGGGAUGGGGUGGCAGAGGGCUGGGUAGCAGCAGCAGUAUCACGCGUGCCUCUACUCGCAUCAGCAUGGUGGACAGCUCGUGUGGCACCAUGGGGAACAGUUAUUCCCUGGAGCCCAGCCCCAAACCCAGCCCCACUCGGACCCCCAUAGAGACCCAUAGAGCUGGGAAAGAAGCUUACUCUGACUCCUGCCAAUGGUCACCACCACAGUCAGACCCUGCACCAAUCAGCUCCAUUGAAAAUGGACACAACAAAGGCGAUGCCCCGGUGUCUCCCAGGCAGCAGCAAUGCAUCAUGGGAUGUGCGGACCAAAGUGGGGUUGAGACUACAACCGUGUUGAUGGAGGUGAAGGACAGUGGGAACAUAUCCUUUGUGCACGUCAGGCCUCUGUCCCCCACACUAACCAGCCCUAACCACUCAGUAGAACUCACUGAGGUGUCAUGACAUAGUUAUCUCCAUGGUGGACAAGUUACUGAUACCCCAACCUACACCAUCAACUAGGAGGGGGAGAAGUGAGGGACCAGGUCCCUUCACCUGUAAAAUAAAUUAUACCGAAAUAUUGGAAAUGGUUGCACUGACUAGAAAUAGCUUUUCUUUCUUUAGGGGGAGACUUCUUGAGCCUGAAAGGGCAACAGCAAACUGGCAUUAAAUCAUGCCUAGCCAUUGAGCUUUUUUCUUUCUUCAAAUGAUUGUAUCUGUUGUUCUUGUUUACUUAUCACAUAGCUGUUGUUGGUGGACACGUUUUGUACACGUUACCUCUGAGGCUCUUUCCUGUAGGCUAAUAGUCUUUCAGAAUUGAAAAUGUAUGACGAUAUAAAUGAAUGGUCUGAUCUACUGAGCACCUGUCAUAUGCUGACAGAUUAUGACCGAAACCAUGGACACUGUCCAAUACUGUAUGACUCAAUAUUUGGUAUUGCUGGCCAACCACUACUGAGUUAAUGCAACUACUGUAUGUCAGUGUGAGACGUCGGGAAUGUAUUCUCUCUCUUAUGAAGUGCAGUAUUCCUCCAAUUGUGUCAUGUUUUCAAACGCUGGUCCCUUGCGUGUUUCCAUGUCAGAUUAUUAAAAGACCUAAAUAAGC